CGAGUUAUUUACUAGCUAUGCAUAUAUAUCUGGAACAACUGAUACGUAUUAGACCUUCCUGAUAUAUAUGUAAUGUUAAAAGUGUCAUACACCUGGAAUUCAACGAGAUUGUUUCAUAUUUACAUUGACUGAUUUAAGGUAGUGGACACAUGAAGACAAUCGGCCGCUUACGAGUCAUCGUGCUAUUUUGGCAUCCUUCGGUCAUUUUGCAUUACAACCGAAGAAUGUCGAAAUCACAUACGGACAGUACUUAAUCGAAAAGAAAAGACCGAUUGCUAUAACAGGUUCACUACCUUAAUGCAAUGAAAUUGAUGCAUGAAUAUACUAAAUUUUCAACAGGAGCUACAGCUGAGACACACUGCGCCAUUGCUCGAUAGUUUUUUUCGGAGUUCUAAAGAUGGCGGAUUCAAAGGCGUUACAAGACAUUGGAGCACCUAUUCUAAAGAACAUAGUGGAGUACAAGAAAUGCGGUAUGUUAGACAUGGAAAGGCAGGGCAUACUUGCAAAACUUAUUCGCGGAAGAUGGUGUCACCGGUUUCUAAUAGUGUCCAAAGGGUCUAAAGAAAACUGUUCCUGGUGUUUGUUUUGUUACGAAGACCAGUUUUCCAAAAAAGCUGAAGCAGUUUAUAUUUUGAGAGAAUGUAAAUGCGUUGAAGAUUAUACGGAUAUCAAAAAUCCAGACAUUACAGGAUUGUCUGUAAGAUUUACAGAUGCAUAUCGGAAGGAUUUAGUUUUUGCAUGCCCAUCGUUGGAGUCAAAAGAGAUAUGGAAAAAUGCUCUACAGUCGGGUAUUACUGAAAGUCAAAAUUACUCAGCGGACAGUGGUUUUGCAAGUGGUGGAUCGACCAGAGAUCUGUUGAUUGACCCACUCGCAAACCAAUACGUAACAGAAUCAAUAAUCAGACAGAGCAGAUACGGAUACGAAGACAUAGAUGACGCAGAUAUUCUCAUGACAGAAUCCAAAUCUGAAAAAGAAAUGAAACAGAAACACAAGCCACAUAGAAAGACAAGCGUGGAUGAAAACAUGAAGUCUUUGACUGAUCCGUAUUACAUUAAUAUGAAACAGAGCCCUAUUAGAAUGAAUGAUGUACAUAUGGCUCUAUCCGGUUCCGAAGACUCACAGCCGACUUCAGGUAGUUCUCAAGGCUUUUUAUCAGUCAGAUCGCCUAGCACAGUACCUAGUCUUUGUAGUGGAACACAAGAAACUGAUCAAACUGAAGAUGAAGGAAAUACUUGUCUGAAAACUAUAGAGGAAUCCAGUGACGAAAGUAGCGUCGAGAGUACUACUUAUGAGAAUUUAAAGUUCCUUCAGGACGAAUAUUUACAAGACAACAAAGAAGAGAUGAUAAGUCAAAAAUGGAUCGCUGAACAACCUAUCGGAACAUUUAUUAUCCGGCUAGGUACAACAACGAAAAAGGAACUAUGUGUCAAUACUGGAAAUGGUGUAAAAAUUUAUAAAGUCUUAGAAAAGGGUGGAAAAGUGUAUUUAUCAGAAAGUAGAACAUUCCAUACAUUAGAUGACCUUGUAAAUUUCUACCGUUUUCAUGAUUUACCAUCUAGGCACAUACAGCAGAAAUUAACAAGAGGUUAUAAGUCAGAGAAAUGACCUAAGAGAAGUGUUGCACAUUUUAUUACCUCUCCUGAACGGGCUCAGUCAAAUCGAAGCUGAUAUCAUUCUGCUUGGUUGUGUGUUUGCUCUGCUUCGAAAGGAUAUAUCUAUGGAUUUUAUUCACGUUAUAUGACAUAUGAAUUGUGUUUUCAAGAUAUGACGUAAUAGAUACAACAGCGAAACAUACCUUGCGGUUUGGUCCACUUUUACGUUACAAAGUGAUCGCUUGGUUUUACUUCAGUGAACACCAACGAAUCUUUUUAAAAAAAAUUAAAUACCGGUAAUUUGAUCAGUUCUGAAUUGAUAAAACUAUGUUGGUAGGAUUUUUUCCAUUCUAAACACAUUUUAAACACACAAAAAAGUUUCAGUUUCCAAUUUCGGCUUUAAUUUUCCUUGUUAAUACAAAUGUUUAAAACCAUUAGGACGUUAUAGUUAGCAAAACAAUUCCUACUUUCACACCGAAAGACUUUUAGAAUGAUUUACAGCUUGUGUCUGGAUGUUGCCGCAAUUCACGGAACACCCUAUUACGGAUGGUGGUGGAUCAAGGUGGUACCUCAGUAUUUCACAUGACAUGCAGAAUCCAGACUUUAACAAAGAUAAUCAUUUAGUCAUCUUUCUGUUUUCAAAAAUGCAGCUUACUAUAAUGUAAUCAACAGUUAAAGGAGAUGUUGCAGUCAAAUGCGUCAUUUUACUCUUCCCUGUUUGUCGGAUACCAUUUAAAUGGAAUUUCUAUGGAUUUUACCAAACUAAAGAUGUCAGUGACUUUGUUAUAUCCACUUUCUUACAAUUCUUUUAUAUAUAUGAUUGUGUUGAUAACUAUUCAGUUUACAAACAUUCUAACGUAACAUUAUUAACCUGUAUCCUACACUUUAUCUGAAGUAUGUUUGGGCACUCCUUAUAACUAUGAAACUCACUUAAGUUCAGAAAAUAUUGUUCUGACAUUUGAAAUUAACAAUAGCAGUUUAACGCGAAAAGAUUAUUUGUCAAACAUACGCAAAUUUUAGUUCCAGUCUUAAGUUACACCUUUUCGAAAUAGUAUUACCUUAACGGAGUCAAAUUGCAGAAGUUCAUGUCGAAAUACUUAUCUCACAUAUCGCUUUCAAAAAUGCAGUGUAGUGAAAGUCAUGGCCUCAACUCGAUUUUAAUGGACACAGGUUGGCCUGGUGUACGUUUAAGGGUCCCAAAGUCAAAACACUGCAUGGUUGCAGUGCAAAGAUAUGUUUUACUCAUCUUCAGAAUACGUACAAUGUCAGAUACAACCAACGCCAGUUUAAACAUCAGAUACAACGAUGACAACGGUUAUCUUAAAUCAACAAUAAGGUAUCAUAAGCUACCAAAUAAACGUCAAAUUAUAUCAAGUUUCAUUAUAGUUACAUAAAAUGCUUCUUUAAAAUGAUAUACAAAUGUAAAUCUGAAAUGAAUUCUUAUGUAAGAAUUGUUAUGCCAUUCUGAAAAAAGGCUGAAAAAUACGUGUUGCAAAAUGAGUAUAAAUAUUAAAAUAAACAGAAAAACUGAAAAGAAAUAGUGAUUGUACAAUCCAAAUUUACAGAAUUUUAACAUUUUAUUAACAACAGAUCUGUCGAAAUAUGUUUAAUAUUUAAAAAAAUCUUCACCGAGUAAUUUGAAAGAUACUGGCAAAUGUGUUUCCUUAAAAGAUUUCAUAAUAUUAUUAAAUGCAGGUUUCCUGAAUAUUUGAACUUUAUUAUUCGUUUCAAUACUUGUGUAUUCGUUAUAUGUAUUACAAUCAUUCCAAAUAUGUAUGUGUAUAUGUAUAUUGCUCAAUUGUACGUAGGCUAUGACAGUCAGUUACAAAUUUUCAAAGUUAGUGUUUCAUUUUUAAGUUCUCAUAUAUAAUUGUAAAGUAUAAACUCAAAUAAUUGUUAAGUAAAUCCUAGCUAACUGUAUAUUUCGCAUAUUCCUCAAAAUGUAUAUAGUUACAUGGCUGGCGAACAUUGUGUAAAAAUAAUUUAAUUAUAAAAACAAUGACAAAGUUAACGAUCCGUAGAUGUUAUCUGACGUAAAUAAAAGUCAAACAUUGGUACCAAUUGUACACUUCAUUACAAUUAUUAUCGUUUAACGAUACUUAUUAUAUGAUGAAAUCAUUGUUUAAAAGCUGAUGAAUCUUUGGUAAAUCUUGGUGCCACUAUUCAUAGCAAGACAACAAGAAGUGGUCUGGUGAAAAAAUAAAAAUCGCACAUAUCUUGA